UUGGUACGCAACUAUAAUUAAUAUGGGAUACAACCCAUUAAAACCAAAUAAUACGCUAUCAGUAAUCUGAAGCUGCGCGAUAAGAGCUUAAAUCUCGUAUGACAUUGAAUGCCCUACUCUUCAGUUUUGCUGCGAUCAGUUUAAUUUGCAAAGAUAUGUGGAGCGAUCUUAAUAACAAAGUAAUAUUGGUAACUGGCACUGGCGCUGGUAUAGGCAAUGCUCUAGUCAAGCAACUAGCCAGCGUUGGAGCCACGGUUAUAGCUGUGGCCCGCAAUGAGGAGCAGCUAAAAGAGCUGGCCUCGCACGAUACCAAGCGCAUACUGACGCUGCAAGUGGAUCUAACGAGCUGGCAGGGUGUGCGGCAAGCUUUGUCAACUGUGCCACAGCUGGAUGGGCUUGUAAAUAAUGCAGGCGUGGCCAUUAUAAAGCCAUUCGAGGAACUAACCGAACAGGAUUUCGAUACGCACUUUGAUGUCAACAUCAAGGCUGUGUUUAAUGUUACGCAGGCAUUGCUCCCCAAGCUGCGUAACGGCAGCUCCAUAGUUAAUGUAUCCUCGAUAGCGGCAACGCGCAGCUUUGCGGGCCAUACAGCCUACAGUGCCACCAAGGCUGCAUUGGACUCUCUAACCAGAUCAUUGGCUUUGGAGUUGGGCGCACGCAACAUACGCGUCAACACAGUUAAUCCCACAGUGGUGCUAACCAAAAUGGGACGUGACAAUUGGUCGGAUCCUGCCAAGAGUGGUCCACUGCUGGCGCAUAUACCCUUGCAACGUUUCUGCGAGGUGCAUGAGGUGGUCGAUGCCAUUGGCUAUUUGCUAAGCAACAAGUCGAGCUUUGUCAAUGGACAUCACAUUAAUUUGGAGGGUGGCUACGCUGUCUCUUAAUUAGUUAUAAUUUAUAUU